AUGGGCUGUGCCCAGAGCUGCCAGCAGUCCAACAGAUUAGGCAGCGGCGGCGGCGGCGGCGGCCGCAGCGGUGGGCUGGGCGGCGGUGCUGUGCAGGUAGAGGGGGACUUCGGGCGCGAUGGCCGCGGCGGUGUCGGUGUCGGGCGCGAAGACAACAAUAAGCCCUCUGUCAGCAGUAUUAGCAGCAGCCAUCGCCAGCAGCAGACCGGCAGGGUUCAAAAGCCAGCCACAUCUCCCACGGCUUGCCACAGCUUGGAUCGAAGAAGGGGCCUAGGGCGAGGGGAGGCAGGGCCGCCGGGGGCCAGCGACGGCGAGGGGUGGGAUGCGGUGGCGCAGGACGACGGAGAACAGAGCAGCAGCGGCAGCGACAAGCAGCCAAUGCAGCCGGCGGGGGCGGGGGCGGGGGCGGGGGAUGAUGCAACGCCGCCGGCAGCCGCCAACAACUUGAAGAGUAACAACACCACCACGAGCAGCAUCAUCACCAGCUCCACCUUCUCCACCGCCACCACCGCCGCCACCACCAGCAACAUGAAGAAGCAAGUCAGCCGCAGCAACUCUGCCAUCUCCAGCGCCUCGGUGUCGCACGGCCAGGCGGCGGCCGUGGCCGCCGCGGCGGCGGGGGGCGGCGGCGCGGCGGUGGCGGCGCCGGCGGUGGCCGCCCUGCAGGGCCUCCUGGCCGCCGUGAGGGCGGCUAGGGCCUGUCGCAGGCAGCUGGACGCCCUCUCUGAGAUCUGCGACAGUGCGGUCGCGAUGCUUAUCGAAACCUGCCAAUCGCCACCGCCGCCAGCACCGACGACUGCACCGGCAGCGGCGGCGGCGGCGCUGCUGAUGGGCGGCGGAAGCGGCGGAGGCGGAGGCGGAGGCGGCAGCAAUGGCGGCGGCAGCGGCGUCGUGGGCGACAUCCACGGCAGCGGGAACGGCAGUGAUACCGGUGCCGCGUCGCUGGUGGCAGCCGCGGCGGCGGCGGCGGCGGGAGCGGCGCCCUCUCAGCCGCCGGUCUCCCGGAACCUUCGGGCGGCGGCAGAGCUUCUCGGCGCGGAGGUCGUGGGCAUCACGGCGCUAGCGGAGGCGUGCUCGCCCCGCGGGAUCCUGGAGUCCCUCGCGCUGGCCACGCGGCGGGACGUGAGCAAGAGGAAGCCUGGGGAGGGCGGGCACCGUCGGGGGGGGAGGCACGACGGCGACGCAGGGGGUGGUGAACCGGGAGUUGGAGCGGAGGAGGAGGAGAAGGAGGGAGCGGCGGCGGCGGCGGCGGGCGCGGCGGCGGCUACCCCGGUGGCGGUGGUAAGCCUGCGCAAGGAGAAGGCGGCCAAGUUCCGGGCCACCGCGGAGAGGGUGAGGCUUAUCGUAGGCCGCCUCGAGGUCUCCAGGGACGUGACGUCGCCGCCGGCGGCGGCGGCGGUGGCGGUGGCGGCGGCAGAGGGGGGCGGGGUGGCGGCGCCCGUGCACGGGGGAGACGUGUCCUUCUUCCCCGCGGCACGAGCCGUGUGGGAGGACGAGGAGGAAGGGGGCGGGGGAGAGGCGGAACGGGAGGACGAGGGCGUCGAGGCGUUUCGAAGCGAGUUCGUUGAGAGCGUCGAGGAGGCCGGGGGUCUGAAGGCGCUAACGCUCAGCUGGACCGGCGUGGCGAGGCUCGAGGAGGCUUUCCUGGCCUGGGUGGUCGAGGCCGGGGGCAACACCGGAACCGACCUCAAGGCCGAGAUUCUCCGCGUCUCCUCCCUCGCAGAGGCCCUGGUGAAGGAUGAGGCGCGGCCCCUCGCCGGUCAAGGCUCGUCAUCAUCGUCGCCGGGGUUCCCCUCUCUUUCCCGGCUGCUGGGGGCGGACGGCGGGGGCGCGGGCGGGAAGGGGGAGACGGUGGUGACCUUCGCCGGGAGUUCUGGGGCCGGGAAGGCGUGCCUGGCGGCGGAGGUGGUGGGGAGGAGGGACGUCCGCGCCAAGUUCGGGGACAGCGUGCUUUGGCUGCAGGUGGGGCGCUCCGGCGGCACGGACCUUGCCUGUCUGCUCCACCGCCUCGCACACGCGUACCACCGAGUCGUGCUGUGCAAGCGCCUCCGGAACCCGCCCCCGCUCCCGCCCAUCAGCCGGUUCCGCGGCCCGCGCAACGGGGAGGCUGCUGCGGAGGCUGCUGCUGCGGCGGCGGCGGCAGCGGAAACCCCGGGAGACGGGGGAUCGGAGGAAGCUGCGGCGGCCACCGCAGCGGCAGCCACGGCAGCAUCGGCGGAAGCCACCGCUACCGCGGCGGCGACGUGGUUCACCCCCUACAUGUCCGGGCUUGGGCUGCGGUGUCUGGUGGUGCUGGAAGAUGUGUGGGAGGCGGAGGUGGUGGCGGCCGCGAGCGCGGCGGGUUUCGACUUGGUCGUGACCACCGCUUUCAGGGACCUGGUGCCGGACUCACCGCUCUGCACCCGUCUCGAUGUCGGAGGGCUCGCGAGGGACGAGGCGAGGUCUCUGCUCCGACGUUGCAGCGGUCUGGCCUGGCAGGCGCCUCUCCCCCCCUCCGCGGACGGAGUUAUCAAGGCGUGCGGGGCGCUGGCCCUCCCCCUGACGAUCGCGGGCUCCCUUCCGGCCGUCCGCUGCCGGUCCGACGAGGCGGCGUGGGCGAACCUCUACUCGAUCCUCUCCCACAAGGCCACCCGCCUGGGCGAAUCUUCCAGCUGCUCCGAAAACCACCGCCGCGGCAGGAGUAACGCCUCUACCACCUCGUCCGCCGGCGGCGGCGGCGGCGGCGGCGGCCCGGCGAGCAGCGGUACCGCCGGCGGGUCGUUCCUCGGCACCUUCGCUGGCGGCGGCGCCUGGAUCAAUGCUACCGCCGCCGGCAGCGGCGGCAGUGGCCUAGCCCCUCAUGGUCGCGGGGCCGGGGGGCACGACGGCAGCGGC